UGGAAGUUGUAUGUCGCCACGCAAGUGCACACAAAAGGAGCCAUCUCUCCUCUAAAACGCACUCCAAAACAAGUCCACCUUCCUCCUUUUCCGAUUCCGAUUCCGAUUCCGAUUUCAAUUCCGAUCGACGCCUCUCCUCCGUCACCAGGAACAUAUUGGGGGUUUUGGUUUGGCUUUUGUCAAAUCGGCAUGGUGGAUUUGUUUAAGAAUCGGAUACUUAAUGUAAAUAGUGCUUCUGUAGAUGAUUGCUUUGGACUAGUUUCGUUGGAAAUUUUAAGAAGGUGGCCCUUUUGGGGUGUUGGAACGUGGAAAUCGUGUGUUAGGUUUGAAGCGCAAGGGGAUAUGUGGUGCCGAGUACCGAUAGUUUUCAGUCCGGAGCAGAGAUAAGUAAGAGAGAAUGGGAGGGUGCUGUUGUUGUGCUUCCAAAGCAACCGAGCUGAGGGCCGCACCUACAUACUACUAUGUUUAUCCGAGGACAUCUGAAGAGCACGUGCCCCUGUCAUCUCGCCAAGGUGCCUCUGCACUCUCCACAGGCCUCCUUGUUGACACGAACUUGGAUACAUCAAUACCUGACACUUAUAGACCACCUCCUGCCCCUAUUCCAUAUGAUGUGUCAGCAGGGCGUCCUCAGACUCCACCAGUGGCCCAAGAAAUUUCUGGCAACAAGAGUGAUGCAACAUUGCAGACAACAACAACUUCUGAUUCUGUUCAAGAAGCAGCUGGUGACAAUCCUCAAGAAACUUCAUCCAAGUGUGAAGACCUGAAGUACAAAGUGGACACCAAGUUAGAGCUUGAUCCAAUUAAGAAGGCAGAAGUUGAACUUUCGAAACCAGUGGAAUCUGUUGCUUUAGUCACUGAGGAGGAGGAUGUUUGCCCCACCUGCUUGGAAGAGUAUGAUGAAGAAAAUCCAAAAAUUACCACGAAAUGCGACCACCAUUUUCACCUUGCUUGCAUUCUUGAAUGGAUGGAAAGAAGUGACACAUGUCCCGUGUGUGAUCAGGAAAUGAUAUUUGAUCCUCCUAUUGAUUAGUGGAUCAGCAAUUCAAGUCGAGUUCUUUCCUUUUGAAGUAUAGUAUGAGAAGCAGAGGUUGCAAAUGCAUGAGGUUUUUUUUUUUUUUUUUUCUCUCCCUUUUCAUGGGUUCACUGUUCCCUUGUUCAGUGACAGUCACUGAUUGGCUGUUUACUGGUUUUGUUUCUGGAGUAGCUUAUGCAUUUCUUUCCUUUCAACUCAAUGAUAAUGAAAAGGAAGAAGGGGAGAUUGGUACUGGCGUGAAAGUAUGGUGGUCGUUUUCCUGUAUGUAAUGCAUUUAUCCUUAGAUCGUAGAGCAUCUCAUUUUCGAAUGAUAUAAUGGUUAUAUAGAUAUUGCAGUCAGAGGGAUAGUAGUAAUCAGAUUCAUUAGUUACCAAACAAAAAAAGGUGAACCUGUGGUUCUCUCACUCCAAGUAUAGAAUUUUUCUUUGGUCUGGUCUGUGAUCUUUGCUUUCUGUUUGAACUGGUUAUGUAAACGGCAGAAAUUUACUUUCGUUGCUGGUGGUGCGGUUGGUUAGUGUAAUGGAAGAUGGAAGGUUCAGGAGAAAGGGGCAUCUUUGUUUUUCAGUUGAUCCAUGUAUAUAACUGUAUCUGAUGAUAAUUUUGAUUGGGUGGAUUUCACACAUAGAUUCACGUUA